AUUUUCUAACACACAACAUGCGAACAUCUCGUGUUAUUGGUGGGUAAAUUUAGCUCAAGUUGCAGGAAUCAGCUCAGUAACCGAACAUAUGCAGCAUGGUCAUUGCUCUCCUCCGUCUCCCCUCAUCGGUGAACUUGGGUUGUGGCUAUUGGGUACACAAUGUACCACCAUGCUUUUGAUGUAAAACAACUGCGCAAGAGACGAAUAGAAACAGGGGGGCGAAGAGAAGAAAAGGGGGGGACGUGAGUAUCGUGUGGUGUUGCACAAUGUUCAUCUUCAUGGGUCCUUCGCUUCGCGCAGUGGACACGCAACAUCCCUCCAUUUAUCGUUUCAGCUCGUUGCGCACACUUGUAAAUUAGCUGCUCCUUUUCUUGCGAUACGUCUUCUCUUUGCAGCUCGGCCCCUUCCAUGGUACCAAUACCUUAUUACUCUCUCAAGUUAAGUGUGAUGAUAGAAGAGCAUUAAAUAAGACUGAAAAACAUAACGUUUCCUCAUCAGCUGAACAUUAAUUAUUGACAAAACUUUGACCGUUAAAGUGCUUCUCCCAUUUGCAUCUACUACUCUGAAAGUUCAAAUGGAUAAGAAAAGGCAAAAGACAACAGAAGACAGGAAGAAGAUGAGAAAACCCAAAGAGGCUGAACCAGAAGCGUCCUCAAAGAGUGUUACCAAUGAAGUUAAGCAGCAGCAGCAGCAGACUAGUCUGGGGGAGUUAACAGAUACAAAGUCUGACCAGUCAGAUGGAAAUUUAAGAAUGAAAAUAGGGGAUGGAGCCAAACGGACAAAGAAGCCCCCAAAGAGCCUUGAGAACUUCAUAUGCAGGCCCACAAUCAGAAUCUCUCAGAGGCUUGCACAUGGAGAUGGACAUAGUUCAUGUGGAGGUGAAGUCUCCAGUCCUGAUAUAAGAGUGGCCAAACAGUCACAUCGCGAGAUUCAGAAAAAAGAUAGGAACGAUUGCAUUUCUCCGAAAGCAUCUACAAGGUUGAGUGUCCCACUUCCCACAUCAUCCAAAAAAGCUGACUCUAAACCAGUCAUUACAGCCUCUAAAAAGCAGGCUCCAUCAAAACACAUGAGGAAGACUGAUUCAAAGUCAUUAUUAACAUCAGAUGGACCUUCGUAUGCAGUUCAACCACAGACAGAUAGCAAAGUACCACUUUCAGAUAAGAUAACCUCCUCUACAUUGCUGAAGCAGACAUAUUCACCUCCAGCUGCCCCUUCUCCACCUUCCUCUUUACAACAGAACUCCAGUCCACAAGACAGCACCCAAGUUUUAAAUGCUCAAAAAGAGAAGGGUGAAAAUCUCCCAGCUGGAGAAGCAAUGACCUCCUCCCUCAGUUCACAUGGUUCAAAUGAUAUGAUGCUGAAUGCUCAGACAUCUCAGCAGUCUUCUUCCAGUAUUGAAAAUGACAGUGAAAGCACAUCAUUUCCAAUAUCAUGUAGUGAGAAUUUAGGAAAGCAAACUCCCUGCCCUUCAAAAAAGAGUAGAAUCAAGGCAAGUAAUGUUGACAAGGUUUUAAAUGCAACAGAGAAAGAAGAUAGAGAUUCUGCAUGUUCCAAAAACACGAGUAACACCAUAAUUAACAGUAGGAGUAAGGAAAAUGGUUUAUUGCAUCAGCAGAGUCCCUCUAUCAAGACACCAUUGCUCCUUACUGCUUCAGAUAAAUCUGCUGAAUCAGCAACUACUGAGAACAGCACUUGUAUGCCAGAGUUACUGGAGAGCAGAGGAAGGAAUAAGUAUAAUGAAAGUGAAGUCAUAGAUGACUCCAGAAAGGUGACUAUGGAACCUACCCAAGCUGUUGCUGUCCAGCCAAAAGAUGGCAGCAGGGUGGAGCAAAUCAUUGACAAGAAUAAGAAAAGAGCUAGGCAUAGUUCUAACCAAGAUGAAGAUGUGCAGUGUUUCUCUCAACCCUCUGGGUGUGCAGAUUCUCAGCUUAACAAUUCCGUUCCAAGUGAUGAGCCACCUUCACAUCUGAAACAAAACAUCAUGUCACAGAAGAAACAAAAAGCUGUUCAGAUGACAAAGAUGGAAAAUUCAGGCGAGAAGAUGGAACUGGUGAAGACCGCCAAUGUUGGUUCCAAUGCCUGUAAAAAGAUACCACAAAAAUCAAACCUUAAAAAAAAUCCUUUCAUUAAGUCAUCAAAGGCGUUUUCAUUGCAAUCAAGACAAGCUGGACAACAUCCUAAAUCUAAACAAUUACAAAAUGUAUCACCCAGAUCAGAAACCUUUUCCUCUGAGCCCCCUCCUAAGAAAAGGGGUCGUCCAAAAAUGACCAAGUUGGGAGAGACUCCUCACGAAAGUAAGUCCCAAAAGUCCUCUACUAAAUUCCCCAUACUUGAAGAUGCAAAUAUCCCUGAUCCAGAGAAUGGCCUGAAACUCCCAAAGCCAACUCCCAAAACAUUAGGUCAUCCCAAAUGUUCCUCCAUUGUCCAGAAAAAGAGAUCUAAAUCACUAGACUCAGCAUCUGGGAAGAAGGGUGCUGCAGGAAAACUCAAAUCCUCUUUGUCUAAAGCUAGAGAUGCUCAAAUCAGCCGGAAACGAAAUAGGUUGAUAAUGAAGACAAUUAUCACAAAUAUCAAUAAGAUGAGAGUGAAGAAGAAGGAUAAAGUACUCACACAGUUUCUUUCAGGGCAAAGCCAAAGUUACAAAUCUGACUUUGUGCAGAAAGACAAUGAAGGUGAUGCAGAUUGUUCGGUUUCAGAUGGAACACACACUUUAUCCUCACUUGUUACCUCUUUUGGGGGAAAAUUUGGCCCACAAAUUAAUAUCAGCAAACGUGGGACUAUCUACAUAGGAAAAAGAAGAGGUCGUAAACCUAAAACUCAAAAAGAAACUACUGGCCAAGACUCUGAACACGUUCUGGGUCAAAAGUCUCAGCAAGUCUUGGCAGAAUCUUCUGAUCAUUUGAACUCUAGGUCCACCUCUGAUGAACGUAGCCAUUCAUUUGAUGGCCAGUCUGCUUUGUGCAGCUCUCCUUUUAAACAUCUUGUGUCCCCUUCACCCACUUCAUCCCCUUCUUUUCGAAGAAAGGUUCAUCUUGGCAACCGUGAAUAUAAUCAACAUUCUGCUCCAAAGGUAACCAGUUCCCAAAGGGUUAAAGCAGUGCAUGAAGAGAAAUCAAAACUUCCUUCCUCCUCGCAGUCUUCACCAUGCUCUUCAGCCACAUCCCAGUUGGGCUCUGCAAGGAUUCAAGACCGCAGAACUACACACCUUGGACAAUCAGUAUUAAUGGAGCAAGAAAGACUCAAAUACAAGUGCCAUAGAAAAGGUCAUAACUGCUUUAGCCAUGAUAAGAUUAGGAGACAUAAACACAAAUGUAAGAAAAAGUAUCUUCAACUUAGAGCCAAAAGACAAGACCCAGCCUUUCUGGCAGAGAUUGAGGAAUUAGUGGUCAGGCUUAGUGAGAUACGUAUUGUGCAUCAUAUCUCAUCACGAGGGUGUGGGGAUGAAGGAAAUUCUGGAAGGAAGAGUGGGAAAGGAAAAGCUCAUCCUCACGUUCUUCAGUGUCUACCACAAAACCUUCAUCAUCCAGCUAUGUUUCAAAUCAACUUCAGUGGUUACUACUCACCUCAGUCAGACUUUUCUCGUGACUCUUUGCAUUAUGUUGGAAUGGCCGAUUUUAAGAGGAAUAAUGGGUGUCCCUCACAACCAGAUGAACAUAUUGUCACACAUUGCCCAGUAGUGCACAAACUUGGCUUCCCACUGUCGGGAGGUGGUUGUUACCACUCGCCAUACAAAAUGCCACUUUCUACCACUUCAUUUGGAUUUGGACUUUAUAGAGGAUACCCUCCAUCUGCAACUAUAUACCCUUCAUCACCGUUUUUACCUUCUUAUGUGCACCCCUACUCCAAAAAUCCCAUUUUAAGCCCAUCAAAGUUCCAUAAAAGGAAGCACAAGUUUCUGAGACGUGACCCUCUACUUUGUGGCGGGAAGCCACAGGGGACCUACGCUAAUGUAACAUCUCAUUCCCCUGACUGGUUCAAUAGAAAUAGCUGGCAACGAGAAGACAAUGGAGAGCAGGCUAUAGAUAAAAGGUUUGUGGAUGAUAGACUUAGAGAAAGAGACGGAAAAGAGGGUUUACUAGGACAAAGUAAGCUCAGGAAAGACCAUUUCAGAAGGGGUCCGCCCUCAAAUUCCCCCUGCUCUUCCUCAACACCCCCAAAACAAGCAGACAAACAUAAAACUUCACCACUUUCAUAUAUAGGACUUGCACAUCUGAGACCGGUAUCAAAAGUUAGGUGGGCAGAGCAUCAGCAGCCAUGGAGGUGGAGAGAGAGCACACAGGUAGAGCCGGGGAACAGGGUUUUAAACCAAGAAGCUGGUUCAGGGUAUCAGGAGGAUGAUGAUGAAGGUGAUGAAGACCUGCCAUCACCUCCCCUAGCAGACAGAGCCAUCCACCAUCACAGUUUCCUGAGGAACCCCAACCUUGCUAGUAGCGCAUACAGUCGCAUGGCAUCUCAAAGGAAUGUUGGUGAAGUUCAGUCUGCUUCAAGGAACUUAAUGAGACCUGGAGGCUCAUUGAUGAAGGAUUGCUCAGCUGGAGGCAUAAGAACAUCAGAGAGUUUCCAGCCUGGCGGUUCACUCUUCUCUGAGCACUAUCCGCAUGCCAGUCCCUCUCUUAAUGAAGGACAAGAGAGAGGAGCAAAAGAGAAAAGACCCAACAUCAUCAGAACACACUUUCAGACCAACGAUAUCAGGCCUUUUUCCUCUUGUACUGCGACCAAAGUCAGCCUUUCUCAUUUAAAUAAAACUAAAAAUACGACGCCAAACAAGAGUAAACUGAAACAUGUCAAAAAGCCUCUCAAGAAAAAGAAUCCCAAAGGUCAAGAGGUCACAGGAAGUGAGGUGAAGAGGAGAGGACGAGGUCGACCAAGGAAAAACCCUGCACCAUGCUUUUCUCUACCUUUACCUGUCACACCUUUACAUCAUGAAACCACAGAGUGUCCUGCGAAACGUAAAAAAGGAGAUGACUAUACAGUACUCAAUGCGACUGACUCCAUGGCUCAGCAUGAGAAAAGGAAAAGAAAGAAAAAAAGAGAUGAAACAAAGAGCAAUGACGGGCAGGUAGAUGAAGGAAAAGACUCAGCUCUGAGCCAAGAGCUCUCACAAUCGCACAUCGACACAUCCUCACCUUCCCAGGAGCUAUCAGUGUCUGUAAACAGCCAAUCAGAGAAGAGGUCUGAAGUGGCAACUGAAAAGAAAUAUGAGUGGGCGGGGCUUUACUCAGAUGUGUAUAAAAGCGAGAACCCCACGAGUAUGUCCUCUCCAGUACACACAGACUGCCUUGACUAUGAUCCUGAAGAACAUGAGCAUGGUCUACUUCCUGCACCUAUACACGUAGGAAAGUAUCUGAGGCUGAAACGGAUUGACUUUCAGUUGCCCUAUGACAUAUAUCGACUCUGUGCACAAGAAAAGCGUUCUAAAAAGUCACGAAAGACCUCUCGCAAGAUGACCCCAUCCAAUGGAUCUGUUGAUGUAAUGUCUCGCACUCAGACCGAAGACGGUUCCUGUAAACAUCAGAAGCUCAGUGUGACUCAUGACUGCGUUUCUGACUGCCUUAAUAGGAAUGACAGCGCUAGACCUAAUACAGAAGAGGUUGGAAAAGAAAUGAGUGAAACAGACAUUGAUAAUAAUCUUCCCAAUCAACCUGACUCUCCCAAACAGCAGGAGAAAGGCAAUGAUGCUGAAAAUAUCCCCUCCCCUCUCCUGAUGAUGCCCUUGUCUUGUGAGGAGAGGAGCUUCGUUUUAGAACAUUGCGUUUUUCUGGUGAGAAACUAUGAGAAAAUGAGAGACAGACAGGCAUUGCUCCUGAGGGAGGAGGUGACAGAGCUAGAGGAAGAAAACAAAGAAGAUAGAGGGAGCAGCCAGAAGGGGGAUCAGAAAGAGGAUCUUGAAGACACCAUCACUAAACCAGCGCCUGACUCACUCGAGUCCACAAAACAGAGAGGGAGACGAGGAGGGGAGAAGUGUACAGAGCAGAAACCUCACGCAAACACUCCAGGAGAUCUAUGACGUCAUUGUCAGUCACAAGGGGUCAUCUGGACAAAACCUCCUCUGCUGAACCUGUGCUCCAGAAAGAGAUCAGACUCGGCUCCUGUCGAUCUCAGUACGCUGCAGAGGCAGCUCCUCUCAGGCCACUAUGAGAGUCUGGACACCUUUCACUCAGACAUGCUGAAGGUGUUCCACUGCGCCGAGGUCAGUUUCACAGAGGGUUCAUGGACUCACACUGUUUGAUGUUGUUCUGCACCUGCCUGGCUUUGACUGUUGAGCUGUCUAGGUCAUACCUCAGAUUGACCAUCAAACAAUAUUCACAAAAGAAUGGAAUAGAUUUUUUAUUGCUGCACAUCCAGAGUAUUUCCCUGUAAUGUUACCAUAGAACAGCACCCUGAAUUGAUUACAGAGACGGUCCCUCUGGAGCAGCCUGAGGUUCAGUGUCUUGCUCGAGGGCACAAUGGUAAUGUCUCAUGCCUCACUUCUUGAGAAGUUCAAAUCUUUCAGAGCCCAAUCAUAAUAUCUGCCUCAGCAAAAUAAUUAGAAAUGCACUGUUAAUAAUAUUUUAUGCUCUCAUUAUGUUUUGAAUGCUAUCAGAAAUACUACGGUUGUGAGUCACCAGUGGGUCGUAAUGUGAGGCAGCUGAGGGAGGUGUACCACAGUGCUCAUCAGGAGGCCUUAACUCAGAUCGGCAGUUUCCUGUGAGUGACAGAAAACCACAUCAGCAACCUCUAUCAGGGAAGUUGCUGUGACCAAACACAGAGGCAUGAUGGGCCUUCCAGAAGGCAGAUAAUGCUCUCCAAUACCAAAGACCUGCUGUAUGUUGCACUCACGGAUGCACUGCACAGGUUAAGACAGCACUCCUGGAAAUGCCAUUUGUGAGCAUGGACACUGCUGAUGCUUGACAACAUAUUUAGUUGAAAGCAACCCAGCCUUACUUUCUCUCAGGGAAAAGAAAGUCAAGCAAAGAAACAGGAGACAUGAUAAAAACAAAUCAAUAUCUAAGACCCCAGAUCAUUUCAUGUACCCGAACAACAUGCAUUUCUUUCAUUUUGAGAUGUUACACUGUAGACUGAACAUAAACAUGUUGAAUGGGAUGCAGGGAACCAUGCGAACAGGACGUGGUGCUGUUUCGGGUUCAAGAUGUUUUAAAUCAUUCAACACACUACAUCAGCUUACCUACAAGAAAAUGGACUUCACUAUUCUUCAGAGGCUCUGCUGACUGAACAGUUUUGAAUGGUGUGAACAGAAUUGUGGUCUAUAGCCUUUUUAAUGUUGUUUUUAUUUAUUUUUUUAAAGUUAUAAUUGUAAAGUAAGCAAUAAUGCAUGAAAGGUUCAAUUACACCGCCUUAAUGUAAGCAAAUGUGUGUUUAUAGCCAUUUUAGAACAGUAAUUUUAAUUUUAAAGGGAAUUUACUACCACUCUGUGCAGAGCUGUCUUGUGCUAGUCACGUUUUGUAAUACAUUGAUUUGUAGCAGUAAUAUUUAUAGCUUUGAGAAAGCUCAGAAAUAUUUUUUUUUACCGUUGUAGAGUAUAUUGUAAAUAAUGUAUAUUUAGCAAAGUUAUGUUUUAAUAUGGUUCAAAAAACUCUAUUUACUGUCUUAAAUUGUUGUGGGAAUUAAUGUUUUCCUUUGAUUCUUUAAUAAUAUUUUUAUAGUUUUUAAGGUUUCUCAAUGCAUGUGCAAUUUGAAACAGGACAUUCAGUGUCUUUAAAACAUCAGAUGUUGAAGUCAUCUUUAUGCAUGGCAUACUUUACAUUGCUUAAUAAUGUAUAAUAGCUGUGUAUGCAUAUGCAACAAAUUAUAUGUCUGUGUUGAACUAAGAAAUUAAUUAUUGGAAGUUCUUUAAGCAGAUUAAAGCAGAACAAAUGAAUUAAACCAGCUACAUUAGUUCACUACAAGUCGAUACUUGGACCAUUAUGCUUUUUAGAUUUAAUAGGUUUUAUUGUUUAUAGAUUAUAUUGCUUGAAGAAAAUUGUAACCAAUUCUAAUAAACCCACAGGAAGAGCUGCA